GUUGGUGUUUUGAGCCCAGGCAGUCGCUUUUCUCCUGGAAAAAAACUGCCUAAAGAAACUAAAUGUGCAGCCUGAUACCAACCCAUAUGCCCCCGUGUGCCGUUAUUGUUCCACUCGUGUUCAUUAAACCCACCACAAAGAGAGGAAGGUACAAUUUAUUGUCUUUUUGAGUUGUGCAGUGCAAAAAGGCUACGAUGCUAACUUAGCCUCACAAACGGAAAGAAAGACUUCUGUUAAACGUCGCAGUUCAGCCAAUCCAAACACACUGUAAGACACGUAUUUUUUAACGCGGCGAUGCUCAACAGUCGUCCUUAUCUACCAUAAGGUAGGUAGCAUCCUUUGUUCGCCGCCGGGACGCUGGCUUGUAUCGAUUAGUUGAGAGGAGGCAGCGGGGAGCAGCUGUGGGGGAAAUGGAUGAAAGUGGAGAGAAAGACGACGUCGUCAUUAUCGUGGAGAAUGAGGCCGAGAGUUUGCCCGCAGGAGAGGAGAGGCUGAAGCAGCAGGGCACUUUCGGGCUCAUGGACACUUGCCCGAUCUGUAAAUUGAGCUUCCACAACAGAGAGCCCAAACUGCUGCCGUGUCUCCACUCCUUCUGCAAGAGGUGUCUCCCUGCCCCCUUCAGAAAUGGCGAUCCCAGACGCGAGCCUCAAGUCCCAGGGGACAACAAACUCUUGGGGACGAUUCGAUGUCCUGAAUGCAGACAAGACUGCUGUGAGAUAGACGUGUUGGACAAUUUCUUUGUGAAAGACUCUGCGGAGAUGCCGAGCAGCACCGUGGAGAAAACCAGCCAGGUGUGUAUGAGCUGUGAGGACAACACAGAAGCAACGGGUUACUGUGUGGAGUGUGUGGAGUUUCUGUGCGUGACGUGCAUCGAGGCGCACCAAAGAGUCAAAUUCACCAGGGAUCACACCAUCCGCCAGAAGGAGGAGAUGUCGCCAGAAGCUUUAGGCAUAUCCACGCAGAAGCCCGUCUUUUGUGACAUCCACAAGCAGGAGCCCCUGAAGCUCUUCUGUGAGACGUGCGACCGGCUCACCUGCCGGGACUGUCAGCUCCUCAAGCACAAAGAUCAUAACUACCAGUUUUUGGAGGACGCGUACAGAAACCACAGGCAGUACCUGGAGACCAUGACGCAGCAGUUGCAGGAGAAAAGAAAAGCCAUCGAGGACGUGUCCAGCUGCAUCAACUCCGGACUGCAGCAAGUUGACGAAAAUCGGAAAUCCGUUACUAAUGAAAUCAAGAAAUCCAUCUGUAACUUGAUCAUGGAGAUCAACAGGAAGGGAAAGAUUCUGGUCAACCAGCUGGAGGCGUUGACUAAGGACCAUGAGUUGGGUCUGAAAAAGCAGCAGGAGGACGUCAACACUCUGAGCAGGCACCUGGAUCACGUCAUCAGCUUCACCAAGUGGGCCACGGCGAGCCAGAGCGGGACGGCCCUCCUGUACUGCAAGAGGCUGAUCCUUUACCAGAUCCACUACCUGAUGAGAGCGAGCUGCAAUCCCUCCAUCGUCCCGCAGAGCUCGGUUCGCUUUCAGUGCCGCUCGGGUUUCUGGGCCUCAAACGUAGACCUCGGGUCUCUGGUUGUAGAAAGAGGACCAGGAAGGCCCACCAUCGCCAACCAUCAGCCCGGUCCCAGAGUGGAGCUGCAAUCCGGGGGACUGUCCAUGUCGGCUCAGCAGCGACAGAGCACGCUGGCUCAGCUGCAGAUGCAGGUUGACAAGAUUUCUCAGCAUCCCCACAGGCAGCCGCACCCCAACCACUGGUCCUGGUACCAGAAUGUCAGGCUUCCCGGACCGCCCGGCCCUCCCGGACCCCCCGGACCGCCGCCCCCGACCCGGCCCAUCCACGGAGGAUCUUCCCCCUCUCAGGGCCCCCACGGCCUGGGCCAGCCGGGACGACGGUUUGGGAGUUCCCACCACAACCCUCGCAGCCCCUCCUCCAUGCUCCACAACAGCAGCCUCUCGUCAAAUCACACUCUGAGAGAUUUGAUCAAUACGUCCAGCUUCCCCCUCAAACCCAUCGAGGUGUCCCCGGGCGCCUCCCGCUUCCCGCAGCCUCUGACCACCAGCGCAGCCGCUCAGACGUCACUGCAGAGAUGCAUGCCGGAGCCGUCCUUCCUGAAGAGGAGCGAAGCUGGCGGCUCGGUGCCCUCCAUCACCAUCACCAUCCCCAAACCCAGCUUCGCCUCCAGCUCGGCCGCCUUGACCGCCAACAAAACCAGCUCGCUCAACCACGUGACCGUUCAAGGAAGGCAGAACUCCCCGAUGGCCAAGCCGUCGUCCACAGACAGGAGCACAGGGACGACUUCCUGGAAGCAGGUCACAGAGCCGUCUUCGGCUCCUGCAGCCAAGCGGCGACGGAGGGCCUCGCCGGGACCCAUUAUCGUUAUCAAAGACGAGCCGGAGGACGAAGAUGAAGUCCGCUUUGUGCAGUCCAGUGUCGGGUCCAGCUUGCCAGACAGCAGCACCGGCGCGCAGUCCAAACCACGGCAGCAGCAGAAGAGCCCGGCGCCCGACCCGGCGCCCGGAGCCGACCCCAAAGCCCCCCCGCAGCCUCAGCCCCCGUCGCAGCCGGAGUCCGAGAAGAGAGCGGAGCCGGAGGAGGACCCCAACGAGGACUGGUGCGCCGUGUGUCAGAACGGAGGAGAGCUGCUCUGCUGUGACAAGUGCCCCAAAGUCUUUCACCUGGCCUGCCACAUCCCCACCCUGAAUGAGUCCCCCAGCGGUGAGUGGUUCUGUUCAUUCUGCCGCGACCUGGAGUCUCCAGAGAUGGAAUACAGCUGCAGCAACAAGGACGUCCAGGUCUCCGAGACGUUCACCGCCGCUGACAGAAGGAAGUGCGAGAGACUGCUGCUCCGUCUCUUCUGUAAUGACUUCAGCACCGAAUUCCAGCAGGCUCCUGCUCCACUGGAGACCAGAAGGUAUAAAGAGCUGAUCAGGACGCCGAUGGAUUUAUCCAUAGUGAAGAAGAAGCUGGAGUCCAAGAUGGAGGACGGUGAAUUUUACAGCAGCACUGAGGGAUUUGUUGCCGAUGUCAGGCUUAUAUUUUCCAACUGUGCAAAGUACUACAAGUCAACCUCAGAAGUGGGGAGUGCUGGAUUGUACCUAGAAGACUAUUUUGAGGAGCAGCUGACGCUCAUCUACCCACGUCGGUUCUUCCCCGGAGGAAGGCAAGAACAGAUGAUCCCUCCUUUAGAGGACGAGAUCGACGAGGAAGAGAUGAUGGAGGAAGGUGCAGCUCCUGCUGUGGAGAAGCCGGAAAGCCCCGCGGAGAAGGGAAUCCCUCCGAUGGAGGAAGAUCUGGCCCCGAUGGAGGAAGCAACAGAGGAAGGAGCAAAAGAAGCAACGGACGAAGCCACAGAGAAAGAAACAGAGCCGGAAAAGGAGGAAAAGUUAGAGAAAGAAAAGGAGAUGGAGCCGAGUGAAAAGGACACGGAUGCUGUAGCGCCGGCUGCAGAUGGAGACAGUCCUCCUGCAGAGGAGGUGAAGGAGGAGGAGGAGGAGGAGAAAACUGCUCCAACACAGACAGAGAUUCCCGCAGAUCCCGAACCCUGCAAGACGGAAGACCCCGAAGCUCCAGAGUCUCCGAAAGAGGAGAGUCCUCCUCAGCCCUCUCAAGACGAGACUGAAAGUCCAGCGGAAACGGAGAAGGAGAAUGUCUCUGCUGCAGACACAGCCAAAGAGGAGGCAUGAAUUGACGAGGAAGAAAAGCUGGAGACAAGCGAAAUGAUAGUCUUCCUAGAUUAGCAACAAUCAGAUGACUUUUGUACUAUUAUUUGCAAUAGGAAAUGAAGCUUUCUGCCGAACUAAAUAGACUUUAGUAGCAGUUACGCUGUAGAUGCACAACAAAAGGGAGGAAAUAAGCUCCACUCCUAUACAGUCCCACGAGUUAUUUUCUGUGACUGGCACUCAAAAAGCACAUAAACUAUACUAUUCUCUCCUGCUUAUAUUAUCCCCCCUCCUCCUUUAUCACUUGUAAAUAGGACACCUAUGAACUGAGAGCACCUCACGCUGCAGUCGAACAGCAAAAAGGAACUUUGGAUUAGUGCAUGUCUUUACAUAAACAAUGAUAAUGCCUCCAGUGUGUGGUUAUAGACCUUAGUUGAGUUUUAUGAGCCAUUUUUUGCUCAUAUAUGCAGAGAUUGUUUUGUUGCAAUAGUAUAUUUUUCAUUAUUUUAGUAUGCUCUUGAUGCUUUGUAUGCACUCUGUAUGGCUAUGUGCUGUAGUCUGUACAGAAGGAAGUGCCGCGUAUAAUCGGUGCAACGGUUGUCUUUAUUUAUUAACCGUUUUCAGCUCUUCUCCCCCGAAAUCCCAGCAAUGUUUUGUGACAGAGCAACCUUCAUAAUUUAUUGACUUUAUUGUAAUCUGGCCUUGAUGAUUCAGAGACACCAUAAUCAACAGGUGUCCUUCAACGUGCAGUCUGAUUUUCACAUUGGGAUGACAGAAUAUAGAGGAUUACACACAUUUGGGGAAACUUCCCAGAGCUUUUUUUCUUUUAAAUUAGAAAGUCUUGAAGGAAUCAAGCUGACACGAGCAUUACUGUUGUCACCUCAUAACCAAUCAGACUGUAAAUGAACCCCAACAAUGCUGCUGCUCUGAAAAAUGCCUGGGUUUCCAAUGUUUGUAAUAAAUUUAAUUAUGUCUGA